AUGGCGACCGAUGAAGUGGCACAGGACGUCUCGCAGGUCACAGAUUUCCACUUUCACACGUGCCGAAAGUUCCGGCUUUUCACCGGAGACUGUUCCGCGACGUCUUCUGGAAGCGACAACACUAGGAAUCAUCUCGCCACGUCUUCGCAGCUCGGAGUCACUUUUGCUCUCGUGAAUGCUAACAGUAUGGUUUGCUUUCCGACAAAAUCUGUGCUCGAUUUCAAAGUGACUCGUGAGAAUAUGAACGUCGACGUGACAGACUUCCCAGUCAAAUCUGUGGAGUUUGUCGGCGUCACUUCUGUCAACGACAUGGGAAUCAACUCGGACGGCACUCUUCUCGCCAUACUUCAUACUCAUAACGGCGACGUUUCCGUCGAUGUUUUCGACAUCAAAACCCUUUGUUCCUCCGCCGGCCCAUUCAAAGCUCUCUGCAAAACUCGCGUCGGAACGGAGCCAGCCAACCAGGGAACUGUGCUCGAAUGGAAUCCAGCGUUUGCGGAUACAUUUGCAGCCGCUUCAAGGGACAGAAGUCUUCUCGUUGCAAAAAUCGAUGUCAAGAAUCCAUCUAGUCAGAAACUCGUUGGAAUCGGAAAGUUAGGAGCCGUGACGACAGUCAUCAGUUGGAGUCCGAAAGGCAAACAGCUGACAAUUGGAGAUUCGCUCGGAAAAGUGGUACAGCUGAAGCCAGAACUCGGCGUCGUCCGCAGUCAAUUUGGGCCGGACCAUCAGCCAGCUUAUGGAAAAGUGACGGGACUCUGCUGGCUCGCCACCACAGAAUGGCUUGUUUCAUUCGAAAGAGGCACUGAUCACGAUGCGUACUUGAUGCGAUGCAAGAAAGACACGCCCACGGAAUGGAUGAAGUUCCACGAGCUAUCCUACUCGAACUCUAAAUGGACACUGCCUGCUCAGCUGUUCUCUGCCACUGAAUUGCUCGUCGAUUGGAACGUGGUCCUUGUUGGCAACUCGAAAACUAGUGAAGUGUCAACAAUUGGCAAGAGAGAAGAUUGGCAGACAUGGGUGCCCGUGGAGGGGGAGACCAUUUAUCUGCCGACGACUUCCGGUGGAAAAGACACUGUUCCGAUCGGAAUGGCGAUCGAUCGAACUAUGACUGAAGAGGUUUCUUUGAGUGAGUCUGAAUUUUAUUAUCAAUUUAGAAAAUUAUUAAAUUGUAGAACCUGAUGGAUCCCAGAAGCACCGCCCAUCUCCGUUGGUACUGUGUCUCACCAACGACGGAGUUCUUACUGCCCAUCACGUCAUUAGCACUUUCCAAUCUCACAAUUCUUGCCAACUGUAAGUCUUUUGAUCUUUAGAGGGUGUUUUUCACGCUACCUUACUUCAGACCGAGUCAGAACAUUCCGAUCUCAGGACUUGCCAAGCCUGCUGCUCAGACUGCUUCUCCUUCCGCUCCGUUUGCUCAACCAUCAACAGUUUUCGAUCAGAAGCCAAAAUCGGAAGCUGCUCCGGCUCCGGCUCCUACAACACCUUCACUAUUCGCGACGACGCCCAAAGCCACACUUCAAGCUCCAAAGCCCGUUUCGUCUUCUCUCUUCGGAGCCGCACCAACUUCUGGAAGUUCUUCACUCUUCGGUGACACGAAAACGCCGCUUCCUCCGGCACAGGAGAACGCACCUACCCCGGCUCCUCCACAAACACCGACGGCUGCUCUAGUCGCUCAAAUUCCAGCCACUCCCGUCCCAGUAAUACCUCCGGAAGUCAGGAAAGCUGAAGAACUGGCGGCGCAGAAGAAAGUGCUUAUCGAGCGAAUUCAGAAUACGAACUUAUCCAUGUCAGCCACAAAAGACACCGUUAUGAAGAUGUCUUUCGCCGUCGGAAAUGCGAAAUCCGCAGUUCUCGAGUGUGCGGACGUGGUGAAAUCGUCGUUGAACGAUUCGAAAGAAGUGACGGACGAGUUGAAGAACCUGCUGUCGUCGAUAGAGUGGAUGGCCGAACGGACAAAGCACACCGUCAAAGAAAUGGAUUUUGAGAUUGAGGAAAAAAUGGAAUUGGUGACUGGAGAAGAGGACGGAGAACGUAUUCUCGAGAGGUUGAGGGACAUUUCGGAGACGGAGAAAAUGAUGAGAUUCAACAAAUUGGAGACCGCAGCCGACAUGCUCAAUGGCAAAUACGUGGAAUGCGCAGAGAUUAUCAAGAAGUUGAGAAAAGCUCUGAACGAAAAGGUAGUGGUAUUGACGUAGAAAUCUGAAUUAUCAAACUGUCCUUCUUCAGGAAACAUUCCGAAAACAAGCAGUUCUCUCUCCUCUCCGCAACAAUUCCAACCUUUGUCAUCUCCGCUCCGGUGCUGAAAUCGAAGUGGCUCUGAAAGUGAUGCGUAACGUCUCCAAAAUCGUCACCGAAGCGCGUGAACGCAUCCAACGCACUGAGCUGGAAUUCGUUCAUUUCCAACGCGACGCGAAGAAUCAGAAUAAAAAAAAGAUUGAGCAGAACCCAAAACUGAAGCAGCAGAUGGAACUGACCGUUCUGGAGGAGGAGACGUCAGACCCAAAGAGCCUGACAGAUGCUGAAAUUGUUAAAGCCAGACAAUCAUUGGUGGCUCGAAUCCAAAAGAGAGGACCUGUGAAGACGAGGAAUGUGACUGUGCAGUCGUACAAACAACCGACCUCUGCUCCUAGAAAUAAGGAGGAUCCAAUUGACACGGCGAAUCUCUCGAAUGCGAUUCUGAAGUUGAGCAUGACUCCGAGGCGUGUCAUGACGGUUUCUUCGCGCUUUUCUCCGAACAACACGACGCUGUCUGCCAGGAGAGACGCCACGACGCAAGCAGACGAGCCGCCCGUCGUGAAGACUGUCGUCGUGACGGUCGAAUCUCCGGCCAAGCCUGCUCCUGCUGCCCCGAUUGUUUCCACACCGCUUCUGAAACCGGCAACGACAACUUCCACUGUGACAACUUCCACUGUGACAACUCCGACAGUGAAAGAGGAAGGAAAGAACAUGCCAGCCGCCUCGCCGCUUCCCACAUCCUCCUCCAUUUUCUCGGGAAGUCUGUUCGGUGCAAAACCAACACUAAGCACUACUGCCACGUCGCCCUUGGCUGCCACGAAACCGUCUAUCUUCGAAUCUUCGCUGACUUCAGAAAAAGAAAAGAAGCCAGAGGAGAAGAAGAAAACUCCAGAGAAGCCGAAACAAGAAAUGAAAGAAGAACCGAAAGUGAUCGAAGUGAAGGAAGAGACUCCGAAGGCGUCAGAACUCGGGGUCGAGGCGAAGGUUAUCGAGUCAACUGAAGCCCCGAAAGUCGAAGAGAAGGCUCCGGAACUCCCCGUCACUGAAGAGACGACACCGAAAGAGAAGAAGGACGAGAGUGCUACGAAAACACCCAGUUUUUGUGAGUUUCAAGUUUGCAGCCCGCCAUAGUUCUCUUGAUCAACAUCUUCCAGCGUUUAACACAUCUUCCUCGACCCCGAAUUCGUCCAUUUUCGGAGGAGGACUCAAGACUCAGAGCACGCCUGCUGCCGCCACUUCCAGUAUUUUUGGAGCGGCCGCCAAAAGCACACCGACCGGAACAGCUCCAACUUCGAGCAUCUUCGGCGGAGGAGCCAAACCGAGCGUGUCGCCGUUCGGUAGUUUCGGACAGAAUUCUGCCCAGUCAACUCAGGGUGCUGGAGGAGCUGCUCCUGCUCAAGCCGCUCCAGUCAGUUUCUCUUUCAACACUGCCGCCUCGGUGCCAGCAAAACCGUCGUUUGGAUCUUUCGGAGCGCCUGCUCCAGCCGCCAAACCGUCCACAGUUUUCGGAGCAGCUGCGGCUGCCGCUGCCGCAUCCCCGUCCGUUCCGAACGUCGACGACGGAAUGGAAGACGAUUCGAUGGUGAACGGAGGCGGACCGGGAGGAUUCAUGAGCGGACUCGGAAGCUCUGGUUCCACCACAAACACUUCUGGCGGUUCCAACCUUUUCGCUCCGAAACCAGCAACCGGCACGUCUUCUAACUCUUGGCUCUUCAGUGGAGGAAACAACCAACAACAACAGCAGCAGCAGCAGCAACAAAAGGUAGAGUUUUAUAUGCAGCGGCCAAAUCAAUUUACUAUCUCUUUCAGCCGAGUUUCUCGUUCAAUGCACCGCAACAGCAGACAACGGCUCCAACUUCCUCGUCAUCAGUCUUCGGAGGAGCGCCGAAGUUCGGAUCGCAGCCAGUGUUCGGAGCGGCUGCUGGAGGAGGCUUGAGCAAGAACGCAUCUAUUUUCGGAGGAGCCACCGCUUCCACGUCAUCCACCAACACCUCUGGAGGAUUUGCUCAAUUCGCGACUGGUCAGAAGACGUCUUCGUUGUUCGGAGGAGGGGCCGCCGCCGCUGGGACACAAGCGACGUCUUCAAUCUUCGGAGGAGGAGUCAAAACGAAUGCCACACCGAGUUCUUCAAUCUUUGGAGGCGGAGCGUCCACGAAUGCGAACAAACCGAGCAGUUUUACGUCUUGGCGAUGA